UAUUUCAAGAAGGAGAUAUCCAAAUCCUAUAUGAGCAACAUGGGAUUAUCUGUCGUGAACAAGCUUCUCAAGCCCUCUCUUCCCAUAACGGAAAACUCAUCUGGCGUUCGUUGUUUGCACAACUCUCCCAUCAGCUUUUUCGAGAUCAAUUCUUUGAAUCCUCGCUGGAUAUAUCUUCGUUUCGACAAGGUUUUGCCGAUCGUUUUGCUUACCCCUAAACUGAAGCACUUGAGCUUCGGCGCCAAGUCCGAGGAGUUUCUCUGUUUCUUGGAUGCAAUUAAGUAUGCCACGAAGAAGGAGGUCCAAAUCUCAAACACUACAUUUGACCUCAUUGACAACUUGCCGCUUUGUCUCGGGGCUAUGCUCAACGAGUCCGAAGUGUCCUAUGAUCAUUUGAAUCGCGUUAUUUCGAGUCUCAACGACACAUUUGGAGCAGCAAACCUUUUGUCUUUGUCUGAAGAUACUAAAUCUGUGAUCGAGCCGAUUUUGCCCCACUGCUUGCGGCUGCUAGCGACUGACCAGAUACAUUCCAUUCUUGGUAUGUGGUACAGCUCUUAUGGGGAAAAGAAAAAGCUCAAGUUCUUGUUCAUGCUAGACAAAGGCAAGCGGGAGUUUCACAAAGCUGGUGUGAUCGACUUUAUCGCCGACAAUCUAAACAGAAAGAGGCUGAGCAAGGUCACAACUCACGAGAUGAAAAUGAUUGGGCACAUGUUCCAAGUCGUAUCACAUGAUUUCAGCCAUAUCGCAAAACAAUUCAUCCAGCAAAUCGUUCUUUUGAAAGCUGAGGAAUUAUCCAUCACAGUUGUCAUAAAAUCAAAACUGUUCGAUAGAAUGACUCUUCUUAGAAAAAGACAAGCACUUAUUAAAUGA